UGGGGGAAGGCUAGCGUGGUGGCGGCGGGAACGGAAGUAUUUCGCGGGAGACUGACUGGCUAAGGAAGGUUGCGCGGCGUCUCACUUCACAUCUCGCCCUUAUUUCUCCGUUCCGGCGACACCCACACCUAUAAAAAAUGGUAAAGGAGGAGUAUGAUGCGGAUAUGGGAGACGGCCACUCUGGGCACAGCAGCAGAGGAGGCCGUGGUGAUCACUCUGAGCACUCAGAGCCAGAGCAGAUGCGGAAGCUGUUCAUUGGUGGGCUGGAUUACCGCACCACCGACGACAGCCUCAAGGCAUACUUCGAGCAAUAUGGCGAGAUUGUUGACGUUGUUGUGAUGAAGGACCCCAAAACAAAGAGAUCUCGUGGGUUUGGCUUCGUGGCGUUCUCCCAGGCUUACAUGGUGGACGAGGCACAGAAGAACAGGCCACACAAGAUUGACGGGCGCUCUGUGGAUACGAAACGCGCCGUGCCUCGAGAUGAGAUUGGCAAACCUGAGGCUGGUGUGACGGUGAAGAAACUCUUUGUUGGUGGCAUUAAGGAUGAUGUCGAUGAGGAUGACCUGCGCGAGACCUUCAGUUCCUUUGGCAAUGUGGUGUCGGUGAGCAUUCCCACGGAGAAGGAGUCACAGAAGAAGAGAGGCUUUGCUUUCGUGGAGUUUGAAGACUAUGAUGCUGUCGACAAAGCUUGCUCAGUGCACAAGAACAUCCAGCUGAAGGGAAAGCGGGUGGACGUGAAGAAGGCCCUCAGUAAGAACGAGAUCCAGAUGCAGCAGAGGAACAGGAUGGGUGGCAUGGGGGGGAUGGGACGUGGUGGCGGCAACGGACCCUGGGCUGGCAACCGCAACGACAGCUGGGGCAACAACCAGGGCGGCGGAUGGCAAGGUAGGACAGACAACCGCGGCGGGUGGGGCAACCAAGGGAACUACGGAACACCAAACCAGGGCGGCCCAGGUGGGUAUGGCAACCAGGGCGGCUAUGGCAACCAGGGUCCAUGGCAGGGUGGCCCCCCCAACAACCAGGGGUGGAACAACCAGACCAACCAGGGAUGGAACCCACAAGCCAACAACUACGGUGGCACUCCCAACAGCUGGGGCCAGGGACCUAAUGACUUUGGCAACAACUAUGGCCAGAGCUACGGUGGCGGCCCUAUGAGGAACCAGGGCUAUGGACAGACGAAUCGUUCCACCCCAUACAACGCUGGUGGCUACAACAACCCUGGCAACAGCGGCCCCAACAGCUACGGUGGCGGCGGUGGUGGGAGUGGCGGCGCUGUCAACAUGAACCAAGGGCCAAACCGUCGCUAUUAGAGUAGCCUUGGGGGGUGGGGGAGUCCUGUGGGUCCCCGGCGCUACCUCAUCACCAAACAUCAACUGCCUUUCUCCAACCUGUGAUAACUUUUUUAUUUAUUUAGAGAAAAAAACACCUUAUAUACCUUUAUAUAUCUAUAUUUUUUAUAUAUUUAUACAUAGUUUAUUUUUUUACCAUUUGGAAAUUACACCAAAAAGUUUUAAAAAAUUGUUUUCUUCAAGAUCCUGGAGUAUUAGGAUGUCACUGCACAGAGCUGAGAAUGGCUACAUCCCAACUAAAACUAAAUUCACAACCCUUCCCCUGAACCCAGCCCCCAUCAGCCCCCCAGCCAGACCCAUAGCCCCCUUAACUCCGGGAAGGUGUCCAGUCUGUGGGGAUUAAAUUUAAGUCCCUCGUUACUCAGGGAUUCUAAAACUUCCUCACUUCGGUGCUUUGGGGGCUGACUGUCACAGCACCGGUGUAGCUGUAGUGGCCAGGGUAGCCGUAGUAGUAGCUGUAGUAGUGGUGUUGUGUUACUGGGGCUUGUGGUGGUUGUCCUUUGUGUGGUGGCCCUCAGGGGAUGUCCUGUCUUAUGUUGCGUGGUGGUUCUUCAAGUGUGCAUCAGACGUCACACCGCCGUCUGUUGUGACGCGCUUCACUCCCACUACGACAAUUUUCAAAGGCUUUAAAAAUUAAUAACCGGGUUUUAGUGUUCUGUUCACUCAAUAUACAAAUGUCACUAAAUAUAAAAACCUUAAAGAAUCAAAAGCGUUCUUGAAAACCUGAGCCGGACAAGAUUAGUCAGGUUUUUAAGAGCGUUCCUUCCACUUGUGAAUCUUGCUAAUCUUAAUGUAAAAAAAAUACCCUUAAAAUAAACCCAGGUGUUAAACCAAAUAUAUAAAAAAACCAUUGAAAACUUGGGUCACAGACAAAAGUGAGCGGGUUUUCAAGUGUUUCUAAUAUAUAAAUAAAUCUUAAUCUCAUAAAACACCCUUAAAAGCCUUCAAGUAUAGCCUUUUGAAGUUACUGGUGUGAGGGAAGCGUUUCAGAAGGUGCCUAGUAAUAGCUGGGUAAGUAAUGCUUGUGUUAGGUCGGGACUCCAGACCGCCAUGGGGACAGGAUGGCGAGGUAAGUGCCAGGCUGAAGACAUCGGGCGUGGAGCAUUCAUUCUGACAGUGUACCGCGGUUCCUCCAUACUGGUGAUUAAUGAAGAAAAUAAAAGGAAAACAUGA